CCGUUUUCCCUCUUUAUGAUUGGUUCUUGGUUCUCAGGCCCCGCCUCCUUUGCUACGCCCCUCAUGGUCGCUUUUCCCGCCUCCGCCGGGGCAGAGCUGUGGUCUUGGUGACAGUUGAGAAUGGCUGGAGCUGAGGGGCACGCUGGGCGGCAGUCGGAGCUGGAGCCCGUGGUGUCGUUGGUCGACGUACUUGAAGAAGACGAAGAGCUGGAGAAUGAGGCGUGCGCAGUCCUGGGCGGCAGCGAUUCGGAGAAGUGCUCCUACUCGCAGGGAUCAGUAAAGAGACAAGCACUGUAUGCCUGUAGUACCUGCACUCCAGAGGGAGAAGAACCAGCGGGAAUUUGUCUGGCCUGCAGUUAUGAAUGUCACGGAAGCCAUAAAUUAUUUGAACUCUACACAAAAAGAAAUUUUCGUUGUGACUGUGGAAACAGCAAGUUUAAAAAUUUGGAAUGCAAAUUAUUUCCUGACAAAGCAAAGGUAAAUUCUGGAAAUAAGUAUAAUGACAACUUUUUUGGAUUGUACUGCAUUUGCAAGAGACCUUAUCCUGAUCCUGAAGAUGAGGUUCCAGAUGAGAUGAUCCAGUGUGUAGUCUGUGAAGACUGGUUCCAUGGAAGACAUCUUGGCACCAUUCCCCCUGAGAGUGGGGACUUCCAGGAAAUGGUGUGCCAGGCUUGUAUGAAACGCUGCACCUUCUUGUGGGCUUAUGCUGCUCAGCUGGCAGUGACCAAAAUAUCUGCUGAGGAUGAUGGAUUAGUGCUGAAUGUUGAUGGAAUAGAUGAUCAGGAAGUUGUCCAGACUGAAAAUGGAGACCAAGAUAAUACCCUCAAAGAGGAUGUUCCAGAACAUGCAGAGGAUCCUGACAAGGACGUUAAAGCAGAGCAGAAUAAUGAGCCAUGUAGCAGCUCUAGUUCUAAAUCUGAUCUCCAGACAGCAUUUAAGAAUCAAAGCUUCAACACAGAGUCACAAUUUGGCUGCAAACUUCAGGAGCUCAAAGCUAAGCAAUUUGUGAAGAAAGACACUGCCACCUAUUGGUCCUUGAACUGGCGUAGCAAAUUAUGCACAUGCCAAGACUGUAUGAAAAUGUAUGGCGAUCUAGAUGUCCUGUUCCUGACGGAUGAGUAUGACACCGUUCUGGCUUAUGAGAACAAAGGCAAGACUGACCAGGCGACUGAGAGGAGGGACCCUUUGAUGGAUACGCUUAACAGCAUGAACAGGGUCCAGCAAGUGGAGCUCAUUUGUGAAUACAAUGACCUGAAGACUGAACUUAAAGACUAUCUGAAGAGAUUUGCUGAUGAAGGCACGGUUGUUAAGAGAGAGGACAUUCAGCAGUUCUUUGAAGAAUUCCAGUCAAAAAAGAGAAGAAGACUGGAUGGGAUGCAGUAUUAUUGCAGCUAGAGUGAAGUACGGAGCUUUCUCACUCAGACCAGUGAAAAGGCCGCUUACUAUUCCAGGAAUAAAGAGGCGUAUUUCACACUUGGUCCCCUUCCUGUCCCGUGAGGCUUCCUCCUCCGUCCUCACUCCUUUCCUUCUCCUUCACUAAGGUAGCCACAGUGAUUAUGCUGAUCUCACAGCCAGCGUCCUUCUUUAACUCAGCUAAAUGCAGUUCAUUCCACAGACUUUAGCUCUCCUGCCCCAGGAUACCCAGGGUUUUCUGCUUAUAAGUUUUAAGAAGUUUGGUUUGGUUUUGAGAAAAAAAAAUUGGUUUCUUUUAAAAGAAUUUGUUCUUUUAAAACAUUUGUUCUGAAUGUUUGUCCUUCACCACAGAGCUGUUGCCUUCCAGAGCCUCUGUAGGUGUCCAGAAGGCUUCCUUCCUGUCAGCCUGAGCCUCUUUCUGUCCCCACCCCGUGAUCGUGGUGCCUUGGGUAACAGCUUCCUCAGCCUGGCCUGCCUGCCCUUCCGCCUCCUCCCUGCUGUCUGAGGUUUGGUCAUUGCUUGCCAGGGUCUAGGGACUUGGAGUAGCCAGGACUGGUGGAUUGGUUUAUGACCUGGAUUUCUGUCCGAAGCAGGGAGAUUGAUGACAGGAUUGAGGAGGAAAAACUUUGUUACAAAUUUUACUAAUAAAGUGAAAUUUUCAUUCACAACCCUACUGGCACUCCAAUAUUAGAAUAUUAGUACUGUAGUGCUCACAGGGCUUCCUGGGAAAAAGUCUGCCAGCACACGAGCCCCUUUUUGCUGCCUAAAAAAUGACCGGAUAUCACCCCUGUGAAAUCUUGGUGGUUUACAAAGUCCUCUGGAUUUCCUUAUAUUUUCAGGGAUAUUCAUAAGCAUAUAUUUAAAAUGGACCUAUUUUGAUACUGUUCUGUUACGAAAAUGUUAGAACCCCAAUAAGUUAUCUUUCCCCUUGAAUCUGCUGAAGACAAAAGUAACUGACUUAGAUACUUGUAGUGAGCAGAGGCAGUGACUGCCCUGCUUUGGAAGAGACAGACUGGAAGUUUCCAGACAAGGCCCUGGGCUGCACGAAUGAUGAGUCUGUGUACAUAAUUGUAACGUCCACAGCCACUUCUCGAUGACUGAGGUCUUCUUCUGAAGAUCCUCGUGGAAUGUUGUAUAAAACCCCAUUUUUGAGGGGAAGUCCCUUCAGUUGGUAGGAAAUCUCUCUAAAGCCCUUCAGUCUGUCUGGAAAACACCUUUUGGUAAAUAUAGAGCCCUCAUUUCCUCCUGAAGGAACACAGACUUUCCUGAUGGUAAAUGACACUCAGGCUUAUUAGAAGCAACAUUGUAGCUUUGGGGCCACAUGGGUCUAUUAAUAUUCCUUUUAUGCUGGGCAACAGUCAUGUGGACAAGUGCAAACUAAUCUCUGGACAAGAUGGAAAAAAAAAGUCAAGGCCUUAGAGAAGUUGUCCCAUUCCUGCUUGUUGGUACUCAGCCUCCUAAUUACCAAUGCUCAUGAAGACCGAUGUGUGGGGCCAGGUCUUCUGGCUGCAGGAGAUGCUUGUGUGCCGAGAGCCUUGUGGAGAGGGCUCUGUUAAAAAGCUAAGAGCAUCUGCAGACAGAUCUUUCAGAUGUCUGAGGAUGUCUUGAACCCCUUCUGCAAAGUUGUUCUCGAGUGUACCAUGCCCUUGUGAAAGUCUGUAUCUUUCCAGUGUCUGAUUUAACUAUGGGAAAGCUCCUUACCACCUGGACCGUUCAGGAUGAGGUCUCUGGGCCACGUAGCACUGUGCCAUGCAGCCCCAGUGCCGAAGGGCUCCUUUCUGAAAGUACUGCUCCUUCUUUUACAUUAACCAGAAAACCUCCUUUUUUACCUGUUCACAACUAGUUUUCUUAUUGACUAUAUAUAGGACUGUCUCUUCUUGUAGAGACUGAUUUUGGCCAACAUGUGGCAGUUGAUAAUGCAUGUUUUAUGCAAAAUUCAAAUAUGGUAUUAGUUGCUUUUAAGAAAUCCUGACAUUAUAUGUGCAUUUUUGUAGAAAUUGUUACUGGACUUAUACGUACAUUCUGAACUCCAUCAGGUUUCUGUAAAAUUUAAAUAAAUAAAACCAAUU